GUGAAAGACAAACCAGACCACAAUGGCUAAAUUCAUUUGUGCAUUUCUUUUCAUGCUUGUUAUCACUUUUGUGAUCCAAGAGACCUAUGCUGGUGGAGAAGGUUCUCUUCGUCCUCAAGAUUGUGCAGGUGCAUGUGAUGUUCGUUGUUCAGCAACUAUGUACAAGAAGGCAUGUCUAACCUAUUGCAACUACUGUUGUGCAAAAUGUUUGUGUGUCCCAUCAGGAACAUAUGGUCACAAGGAAGAAUGCCCAUGCUAUGCUAACAUGAGAACUAAGAGAGGAGGACCUAAGUGCCCCUAAUUUUGUAUUGUUAAGCUC